GAACAGGAAGGUGGUCGAUUACUCCCAGUUUCAGGAAUCAGAUGAUGCUGAUGAAGAUUAUGGAAGAGAUUCAGGUCCCCCAUCCAAGAAAAUCCGCUCAUCUCCCCGGGAGGCUAAAAAUAAGAGGCGAUCUGGGAAGAAUUCUCAGGAGGACAGUGAGGAUUCAGAAGAAAAAGAUGUGAAGACUAAGAAAGACGAUUCACAUUCAGCAGAUGAAGAUUUUGGCAGUGAAGAUGACGACUUAGGAGCAGAUGAUGGCAAAGCUGACAGUGACUACGAGAGCUCUCAAAAAAGCAAAAAAGGAAAAAAGGCUAAACCAGACAAGAAUAAGCGAGCAGCCUCCAAAUCCAGGAAAAGGCCUGCAGAGGACAGCGAGGACGAGAAAGAAGAUCACAAAAAUGUGCGUCAGCAACGACAGGCAGCAUCCAAAGCAGCUUCUAAACAACGAGAGAUGCUUAUGGAUGACGUGGGUAGUGAGGAGGAAGAACAAGAGGAUGAUGAGGCACAGUUCCAGGAGAAUUCGGGAAGCGAUGAAGAUUUCCUCAUGGAAGAUGAUGAUGAUAGUGACUAUGGCAGUUCGAAAAAGAAAAACAAAAAGGUCUCCAAGAAAUCCAAGCCAGAGAGGAAAGAAAAGAAAAUGCCGAAGCCCAGGCUAAAGGCCACAGUGACCCCCAGUCCAGUGAAAGGCAAAGGGAAAGCAGGCCGCCCCACAGCUUCCAAGGCAACAAAAGAAAAGACCCCGUCCCCCAAAGAAGAGGAUGAAGAGCCUGAAAGUCCCCCAGAAAAGAAAAAAUCAGCCAGCCCUCCACAAGAGAAGUCAGGGGACGAGGGAUCUGAAGAUGAAGCACCCUCUGGUGAAGAUUAAAGGGCAGUUGAGGAAAUCUUUGUUUAAAAAAAAAGGAAAAAAAAAAAGAAAAAGGAAAAGAAAACAUACUUAGGGUUAGAACACGGUUUUGGCUGUGGCUUGACUCAUGGGCUUUGAAUGCUGUCUUUACUUUCAGCUGUUUAAUACAGUGUAUCCUUUUUUUAAUAAGAGGAAACCCUUAUACAGUAAUAUUUUGAAGUCAAUGUUCUCUGUUGGCCAUUCCGUUCUCCCUCCCCCAUCAAAUCUGAAAGCCAUUUAAGACAAAUUAACAGACCAUUUAAAUAUAUAUUUUUUUCAAGGGAUACUGCAGUUGUGAAGCAAUAAGGUUUGAGACUGAUACGUGGAGACCAUACUUAAAAAUCGUUAAGUAGAAUAGAUUUCCCAGUGCUGGUAAGAGUUCUUUAAAGCUAUUAUUCUAUAUUUGA